CUUUUACCUUUCCUUGCUCUUCAACCCUUUCUUCUCUCUCCAUAUAAGAAUCCGAAGUGAUUUUUGAUCUUGCAGUUGAAAGCAGCUUCGUUUUUCCCCAUCUGUCUCGUAGGGCUUAUAGAAUGAGUAGACCCACAACACGAAGUAAAAAUAAAAGACAGAAACCAGGGGAUGAUGGCGCCUGCACUUCUGAAAUAUGGAGGAAGAUUCACAAAACAGGUGUGGUUACUGAAGAUGAUAUGAAUCAACUGUAUAUGAUUUGGAAGCCGGUUUGUUCAGGCUGUCGUGUCAAUACCAAAGAUAACCCAAAUUGCUUCUGUGGAUUGGUUCCGCCUCCAAAUGGAGCCCGGAAGUCUGGCUUAUGGCAGAAGAUGUCAGAUUUUGUUGAAAGUCUUGGCCCUGAUCCAACCAAGGAUCUCCGAGCUUCUGCUGAUUCUCCUGCAGGUCUGACUAAUCUUGGUGCAACAUGCUAUGCCAACAGUAUACUGCAGUGCUUGUACAUGAAUAAGUCUUUCCGAGAAGGCAUAUUUUCUGUAGAACCAGAUGUUUUACAACAACAGCCAGUGUUGGAUCAACUGGCUCGACUUUUUGUGCAGUUGCAUGUUAGUAAAAUGGCUUUCAUAGAUUCUUCUCCAUUUGUAAAAACACUGGAGUUAGAUAAUGGGGUUCAGCAGGAUAGCCACGAGUUCCUGACAUUGCUUCUGUCAUUGCUUGAGCGUUGUCUGAGCCAUUCCAAAAUUCCCAAGGCAAGAACAAUAGUUCAAGAUCUUUUCCGGGGAAGUGUGUCUCAUGUGACAACGUGCUCGCAAUGUAGAAGAGACUCUGAAGCUUCUUCCAAAAUGGAAGAUUUCUAUGAGCUGGAGUUGAAUGUCAAGGGACUGAAAAGUUUAGAUGAGAGCCUAGAUGAUUACCUCUCCGUUGAAGAGCUUCAUGGGGAUAAUCAAUAUUUUUGUGAAUCAUGUAAAACAAGAGUUGAUGCUACACGCAGCAUCAAGCUGUGUACAUUACCGAAAGUACUUAAUUUUCAACUUAAACGUUGUGUUUUCCUUCCAAAGACUACAACAAAGAAGAAAAUUACUUCUGCAUUUUCAUUUCCCACUGAACUUGAUAUGCGGCAUAGAUUGUGUGAGUUGUCUCAGUUUGAUUUGGUGUAUGACUUGUCAGCUGUACUGAUUCACAAGGGAACUGGUGUUAACAGUGGCCAUUACAUUGCUCACAUCAAGGAUGAAAACACCGGGCAGUGGUGGGAAUUUGACGAUGAGAAUGUCACUAAUAUGGGUCGACAUCCGUUUGGUGAAGGAUCUUCAAAUUCUACUUCUAAAUCCAUUAAGACUGAUGCAAUUCAUUCUGAUUGCUCUGAAGCAAGGAUAGCUGAUAGUAAUGGAAAUGGUUUAAACGCCACUCAAUUACAAUCUUCGCUUGUGGAGACAUUUUCAUCUAGUGAUGCAUACAUGUUGAUGUACCAUCUUAAACAUACAAAAAAUGUAGGUGAAAAUGGGGUUAUAAAUUGUGGUGCUAACCAUAAAGAAAGAGAGGGUGCUGUAGUUGCUGUGCAAGAUGGUGCUUCUCUUCCUUCUCAUCUUUGUGUUGAGAUUCAAAAUUUCAAUGCCUCAUACCUUGAUGCUUGUGAGCAGUACAAGCUUCGCAAAGAAUUAGAAUUGAAUCGUAUUAGUGAGAGGAGACAGGAAGUUCGAUCUGUUUUAGCUGAAGCUCCUGUUCAACCAUUGGAAAAACCAUUUUAUUGGAUAUAUAGUGAUUGGCUUCGCCAGUGGGCUGACAAUGUUAUUCCAAUUUCUCUCGACAACACAUCUAUCCAAUGUUCACAUGGUAAAGUUCCAGUUUCAAAGGUUACCUCAAUGAAGCGAUUGUCUGCUAAAGCAUGGGAUACGUUGUUUUCUAAGUAUGGUGGGAAGGUAGCACUGUCUCAUGAUGACCACUGUUGGGAUUGUCUGAUUCAUGGAGCUCGCACAGCGGUGUCAGCUGACACCUAUCGAGAUAGAAGAGAAUCAAUGAAGUCACUUGCCCGGGAUAUUCUGGAUGGAAACUGUCUAGAUGGAAAGUAUUACAUAUCCAGACCAUGGUUGCAGCAGUGGUUGAAAAGGAAAGUCCUUGAUGCUCCAUCUGAAGCUGAUACUGGACCAACAGCAGCCAUUAGUUGUCCACAUGGGCAACUCAUGCCUGAGCAAGCUGCUGGUGCUAAGCGGGUGCUUGUUCCUGAGAGUUUUUGGCUCUUCUUAUAUGAAGAUGCUGUUUCUGUAAAAUCCGAUGGUCCUUUGGGUGGCCCAACUUUUCCUUCAGAUUCCGGAGAGUGUUCCCAAUGCAGUAAUGAAUUAUCUGAAGUAGCAUGCUUCGAGGACUCCUUGAGAUUAGAUAAACAAAAGCAACGUCAGAAUCAUGAGAAAUUAUUUGUGGCUAAAAGUAUGCCACUCUCUCUGCAUUGCAAGUAUUUCUUGUUGCCUUCUUCCUGGAUUUCGAAAUGGAGAAAUUACAUAUACUUCAAGAAUUCAGACAAACCUGGAACAUUAGAUGGUGUAAUUAAUUCACUGAUGUGUGAGAAGCACUCACAACUUGUUGAAAGACCUCCUGAACUGGUUUACAGACGCGGUGCUAUCAUCCAGAGAGAGUCUUCUGUAAGUGGCUUAACCAUCAUAUCUGAGAAUGAUUGGAAAUCCUUCUGUGAAGAAUGGAGUGGUAUUGAGAGCAAAGGAAUAUCUGCAACAAUUGAUCAUAUUAAUGAUUCAGAGAAUGUUUUGACUGGAUCCAGUGAAGAGAUGCAGAUAUGUGAGGAUCAGUUGGGCACGGGGGAUAAAAUGAAUAAUGAAAAUGGUACUGGACAAAUUUUGAUUAAGACUUCUCCUGAGGUUUGUGAAAGUUGCAUUGGAGAAAGAGAAAGUUGUGAGUUAAUGCAGAAACUUAACUAUUGCAAUGAGGACAUAUGUGUAAUUCUUGUUCGUGGUAAGGAGGUACCUAGAUCAAUCUUAGAGGCUUCAAAGGGAUCCGUUGAAACAGAUCGGCGGGUUUCCAAACGCUCCCGGAAGACUAAAAAUGGGAGUUCAAUAAGUCUAAAAGUUUCUGCUUCAACAUCUUUAUACCAGCUGAAAAUGAUGAUAUGGGAAUCCUUUGGGGUUGUGAAAGAAAACCAGAUUCUACAGAAAGGUGAUCGGACAAUUGAUAUUGAUGAUGAAUGUACUACCCUUGCAGAUGUAAACAUAUUUGCAGGAGAUCAGAUUAUAGUGAGGGACUCUGAGAUCCAUGAAAAUCGAGAUAUUGCUGAUGAGCUAUGCGAUGAAAGAAUGGAUCUGCAGCAUACUGAGGAAGGAUUCCGUGGAACACUUCUGACAGCAAACGUUUCAUCCCAGGUUGUUUAAGAACUGCACUUUCAGUAGCCGAUAUAUAUAUCUCUGUAGCAUCUUUUUGUUGUUGUAUAUAUAUUUAAAGAAAAAUCGGUUGAAUGAAGAAAGAAAUAGUUCGGUACAAUGCAACCAUGUAUAUCGAUGAUCCUGGUGCUUUCCUAUUGUUGAACGCUAUUUGUCCUCCUAAGCCAAGAUUAAGGCAAAUUUUGGAAUGUAUCUCUUUACUAAUUAC